CGGGAAUAUUGUCAUUUUGUUACUUCUCCAAGUAUAGCCUGGAUGCAUGGUUUAAUUCGAACACCUCUGAAAGCAGUGGGACUUCAAGUAAAAGCAUCUUGAGACCAAGGCAGUAUACAGAAUCUGGAAGAUAAAUAGGAGCUCCCUCCCCUUCAGUCUUCCCUUCUCAUCCAGCACAUCCUCACUUGCACCAUCCAGAUAACCACUUCAACCACUAUUACUCCCAUCACCACACAACCCCAGCAAUCCGACAUGCGUCUCACCAGCAUCGCACUCCUCUUCGCCGCCACGGCAAUUGCCAAAGAGCUCCCCGGCAGUCUCUGGGACUGGGAAAUCUACGGCUUCAACCGUACAUGCCCAACAGACCUCGAGAGUAAGGAAUUUUACGAUCAUCAUCGUGACAAUGCUGUCAACUAUGGCGACAAGGACAAGUCCCUAAACUGUGAGGCGUGGCUCCCCCCCGCUGACUGGGAUUACGACAACCACUUGCUCGUGAUGAGAGGGUUUGAGGGGAAUGACUUGGAGCUGGAGAUCUACGGACAUGGGGGCUGUGAGAAGGACACUCAGAUCAAUAAGAUCUAUACAGAUGGUUGCACUGUUGUCCCUUCGGAUACGCCUCUAGAGUGGUAUAGCGUUCGCAAGAGGACUUAGAGGGAUUCGAAGAGCUCUUAGCGCGUUAAUGGGGGGGGGUGUUCAAUCAGUUUGAGGACUUAUAGCUAUCACAUAUACUUUGAGUCUUUCUACAAUUUUACAAUCAUAGUCAAGUGUUCUG